GUAGCAAUGAACUGUCAACACUGAUGGAACAGGCGGAACGCGAAUUCAUUGCGGCUAGAAUGAGAAACGAGAAGGAUAGCGCUAGUCAGGGCAAAACAUUGGCAAAACAUCGUGGUCCAUUGUGUGCGGUGAAUUGUUGCAGUAGACGCAGAAAAGAUGUGAAAAUGAAGUUUCACAGGAUACCUAGAGAUCCUAACAUGAGGAAGUUGAGGUUACAUGCUAUAAGAAGAGAAAACUUUACUCCCAGUACAACAACGGUAAUUUGUGAAAAGCAUUUCACUCCAGAGGAUUAUGAAGUUAGUGUUCAUGGAAAUAAGGUACUAAAAAAGGUGGCAGUUCCAUCUGUGUUUGAUUUUCCAGCCUAUCUCAAGAAAGAACCUAGCCAUCGAAGGGUUUUGAAAAGAAAACAUGAAGAAUCCUACCCAAAAGCAACAGAACAAACUUUGGCUAUUGGUGAAGUAGUAGAAGAACCUGAAAAUGGUGAUCAUGCUGAUGAUGGAAAUAUAUUGGCAGCUGGUACGUCAAACAUAACAUAAAAGCUAGGAUUUUUAGAAUCAAGUGAACAUUCAAACAUAUGCAAUUUCAGGGUCAGAAGAUCACCAGUAUACUUUAGGGAUUUCAAAAUUUCUGAUUUAAAUAAUGUACAGCGUCAGAAGACAUUUUGGAAAACUGCUCAUGAAACUGUUCAUAAGUACAAAAAAAAGUACAAUCAGUGUAAAAUUCGUAGACAAAGAAAUAAAAUAAAAAGUCUGAAUAGUCUGGUAGAUGCACUACUUAAGGAGAAGAGAAUAUCUGCAGCUCAGUUAAUAGUAUUACCUGAAUUAUUAAUAACUUAUGUUAAAUACUAAUUAUUAUAUCUUCAAAUGUGCAAAGGAGAAUUUAUUGUCAAGUUUCAUACAUAUGUAUAUAUAAAUAAAUAAACUUGGUUUUUUAAUUAUAAUUACGUUUCCAGGAUUUUAUCUCGUUCCAGUUGCCUGAAUAACUUUUCAAUCUUCUCUAAGAAUCCUCGGUUUCCUAUGCAAUUC